AUGCCGUCCUCUCUCCUUCUCUCUCUCAUCCUCCUCUCUCUCCUCCCUCUCUUCUCUUCUCUCUCUCCCGACCCCAUCCUCGACGCUUCUGACAUCCUCAAGGACUCCGGCUUCUUCUCCAUGGCUCUCACUCUCAACCUCGCUUCCCGCUCCUUCCUCCACCAUUUCUCCUCCCUCACCAUCUUCGCCCCCGCAGACUCCGCCUUCUCCCGCUCUGGCCAACCACCACUCUCUCUUCUCCAGUACCACCUCCUCCCUCACGCCUUCUCUCCCGAAAGUCUUCGCUCUCUCCCCUUAAAUGCCAAGAUCUCCACAAUGCUCCCCAGCCGAUUCCUCACCGUCACUAACGACGAAAUUCGUAUUUCACUCAACAACGUCACCGUCGACACCCCCCCAGUCUACGACGAUGGAUCUCUCAUAAUCUUUGGAAUCGAGAAAUUCUUCGAUCCGUUCUUCGAGAUCUCUAACUCGAGUAGUAAAAGAAUCAUAAAUCCCAAUAAUGAAUGCCGCCGCCGCCGCGAUUCUGUAAUUGAGAGCAAUUCGGUUGAAGCUCUGGCAGCAGCGCUUAGAAACAGAGGGUGGUCGGUAAUGGCAUCGUUUCUGGAUAUGCAAAUUCUGGGGUUUCAUAAAGAACCGGCGGUGACGAUAUUCGCUCCAACGGACGAUUCUUUAAUGAAUCGCGUAAGUAAUUUCUCCGAUUGGAUGUCGAUGUUUCGGCGGCAUGUAGUUCCGUGCAAGCUGUGGUGGUCGGAUUUGACGAAUUUGGGCGGCGGAACGGAAAUAAAGACGUAUCUGAGAGGGUUUGGAAUCAAUGUGAAACGGAGUAAUGGGGUUUUGACGCUGAACGACAUGUCGGUUAUAUAUCCUGAUAUGUUGUAUAGUGAAGGAAUUGUCGUUCAUGGAAUUGGGGGAAUUCUUGAGAUUGAAAAGGAAAUGAAGGGAGAAAUUGAAGAAUCUUCUUCUUCAUCAAUGGGAAAUGGAGGAUCUCCAGAAAGUGGGUUUGAAGAGAGUGAUAGAGAUAAAGCUGUAACACAUUACCAUUUCUCUGUUAUCAGGUGA